UCAUCUCUAGCACUAUACACAUAAUUUUUCCAGUGCGACAAAAAUUGAAACAAAUUGUUUAAAUAUGGAAGGUUCAGGCGAAUUUAUAGAGAAAUUCAUUGAGAAGCCACCCGUGCAUGAUCACCAGCCGCGCUUGAAUGAGGUGGCACAAAAGUUUUUGGCCGAUUUGGACGAGGAGCGGUCGCGUUUAUCCGCUGAGUUUCCCUUGUGCGCGUUGCUGAUUGACGAGGCUGUGGACCGUGUUUACUGCACAGGUCGCAUUCCGGGCAAGGAAUUCUAUGCCGAUGUGUACAAGCAGAAGCCAAUGAAAAUCACCCAAAAGGUGUUUGUACCUGUCAAGCAAUAUCCAAAGUUUAAUUUCACCGGCAAGAUAUUGGGCCCCAAAGGCAACUCGUUGCGCCGUCUGCAGGAGGAGACGCAGUGCAAGAUCGCAAUUAAGGGGCGCAGCUCUAUUCGCGAUCGCAACAAGGAGGAGCAGCUGCGAAAUUCCGGAGACCCGCGCUAUUCCCAUCUGCAGAAGGAUCUGUUCCUCGAGGUCAGCACUGUGGCCACCCCGGCCGAGUGCUAUGCCCGCAUUGCCUACGCCCUGGCCGAGAUUCGUAAGUAUCUAAUUCCAGACAAAAACGACGAAGUGUCGCACGAGCAGCUGCGUGAGCUCAUGGAAAUGGAUCCCGAGUCAGCCAAAAGCAUCCAUGGACCGAAUCUUGAGGCUUACAGAUCUGUAUUCGAUAAGAAGUUUGGCGCUGGCAGCAGCAGCGCUCCAAAGUAUAUAAACCUGAUCAAGAGAGCCGCGGAAAAUCCGCCCGAAACCGAAGAGGCAGAGGAGGCGGUCUACGCAUACGAGCAUCAACAUCGUAUGCCUCCCAAGCGUGGCCCACCCACGGGCUAUGAGUACAGCAAACCACGUCCAUCAAUAAUACCAACAAAUGCAGCGGCUUAUAAACGUCCACAGCCAUAUCCAACCGACAUGAAACGUAUGCGCGAACCGCCCAUCAAGUCCUAUAAACCCAAUACGUAUACCAUACUCAAAAAAUAUAAAUAAUAUUACAAAACUAAGCUCAAAUAAAUCCGAGUUGAACUCAAGUCAAGUUGAUUCCACCUCUCUCCCAUAAACAAAUGAAUAAUUAAGGACAAUGUUUAUGUUUAUAAAGCCUAAAUCUGAAAACGAAAUAUCAAUGAGAAAUCAAUUGCUUCUUGGCCUGAUAAGAGCACGAGUAUACAAUGAAUGAAUAAUGAAUAAUUAUAAAAUUCCAAGAAUAUUAAUUGAAACUUAAUUCAUAAUUUCCAUAAACCUAUUUGAGCUCUUGCGCAUGUCAGCGGACCGGAGCAGAAGAGCCCUAUCAAUAUAUAUUACAAUUACCUACUGUUUUGAAUUAUGAUUUCCUGAUUUCCACAUUCACAUACAUAUUAUUCUUCUCCAUAAAUGUGUAAUAAAAUGAAACAUCAUGAACGAAUAUAAAGAAAGCAUUGUCCAAUCAGAGCCAAUUAUAAUCUAAUCUAACCGAAUCGAAUCUAAUGAAUCGGCCGAUCCUCCCAUAAUCAAUAUAUAUACAUUAUAUUUACACGAGUCUGUAGCAGUAGAGUCGAGAAUAAAGUACUCCUAAUCAA